AUGUUAUCAUCUAAACAUAAUUAUCCUGAUGGUGAUAUUAUAAUAAUCGUCAAAGAUAAAUCAUUUAAGAUCCAUAAACUAAUUUUAAGUCUUGCAUCUCAAAUUUUCAAAGAUUUAUUCAUAGAUGCCGCCACUAGCAGCAAUACUCAAGGAAUUCAAAACAUUGAACUUGACGAACCAAUGCAAACAUUUGAAGAUCUUUUGGAUUUUAUUUAUCCAGGAAGUAGUUUACUGAUUACCUGGGAUAAUGUUGCAGAAUUGUUUCGAAUUGCUGAUAAAUAUUUGGUCGAUUCAUUUAUUGAAAGAGGAAAAGAAUUCUUGGAACGUGAGUUCCCAUCUAGACCUUUAUUAUCACUUGUCCUAGCUGAUCUUUACAGAUUCAAAAAUGUUUAUAAGAGUUCGUCUAAAUUGGUUCUUGAUAACUUCUCAGUCUACAAAUCAGACCAACUAUUUAGUCAAUUAUCUGUUAAAACACAAGGAUUAUUGCUAGACCGUUAUUGUGAUUAUUUCAUCUCUUGGAGUAAAGAUUAUCAAGGAAUGAAUUUCAAUGAAAAUUUCACACAUUCAUGUCAAGGAUUUUGUCGAAAAGAACACAUCAAAAAAAUUCAAAGGAAAAUAACUGGUAAACUUGAAUCCACACGCACCUUUCCUCCACCUAGCCCAUCAAUAUUUUAUAAAAUGGUUGUAAACACCCUUCAGGAAAAAAACUAUGAUACAGAUGAUUGUGAUAUGAAUUAUCUCUUUGUUGAAUUUCCAAAACUGUUUGAAAAUUUAUUUGGUAAAUUUGAACCUUUAAAAGGUGAUGUCAAUGUUGAUAAUGAACUUUGUGGAUUUUAUAUUUUUAUUGAAAUGAAGUAUUAG